UAUGCGUACGAUGGAUCAUAUUUUUCUCCCGCUGAACGAAAACCCUGCAAAAACCCGCGCAAAACCGAGCUACACUCUAUUCACGAACACGAUUCUGGUUAGGGUUUUGUAGCAGAAGCUCUAAAAAUUUCACAGGCUUUUCAUCCUAAGCCUUAAGAUAAAGCCUCUGACCUCUAGGCCCUCCAUAUCUUCUAAUUUGUCAAUUCGUUAAUAGCUCGAAUAAGCGUCUAGGAAUUUGUUUCUGCUCUGAUUUUGCUUAUUUUUGAAGUUGUAUUUGAGCAUUUUUUGUUGGCUCUGUGGUUUUACAAUGCCUCUGGUUCAGAGAGGACCUGGCGAUAAGAGUGAUUCUCGUUACUGUGGUGUUGAGAGUGGCUUUGAAGAUGAUGUAGCUCAUCUCUUGGCUUCUAAUUUAUCGGCGGGAUUCGAUUUCAUGGUGUUCCCAUUGAUAGAACCGAAUUACAGGCCGAGCCUGCACAAAGUUGAUCAUGGUGGGGACUUUGUCUUGCCAGUUUCAGGCUCCGACUUGAUAUUGAGUCCAUCGCAAUGGAGUAGUCAUGUUGUGGGCAAAAUAAGUUCAUGGAUAGACUUGGAUUCUGUUGAUGAAGUUCUCCGAUUGGAUUCUGAAAUUACUCUUAAGCAGGAAAUUGCAUGGGCUUCUCAUCUAUCUUUGCAGGCUUGUAUUCUUCCUAGUCCUCGAGGAGCACACUGUGGUAACUACGCAAGAUGUAUAAACCAGAUUUUGCAAGGUUUAAACAAUAUGCAGUUAUGGCUACGGAUACCUUUGGAGAAGUCUGAUCCAGAUGUUGACGAUAACACAAGUGAAAAUAGUGGUCAUUUGGGUGGGGGACGUGUGAUCGAUGCCUGGGAAAUGUGGAAUACAUUUCGACUACUAUGUGAGCAUCAUUGUCAACUGUCUCUAGCCCUCGACAUAUUUAGGAGUUCAUUGCCAUCUGCAAAUUCACUUGGACGCUGGUUUGGGGAGCCUGUUAGGGCAGCAAUCGUCCAUACAAACUCUUUUUUGACGAAUGCAAAAGGAUUCCCUUGUCUUUCCAAGCCACAUCAGAAACUAAUGACUGGUUUCUUUAACCACUCUGUACAGAUUAUACUUUCUGGGAAGUUACAACGUAAAGUUCCUCCAGUGAGUUCUGAGCACUUGGGCGCUGAUCAUGAUGGUAAUUGUUUUGAAGUUAUGCCCAGUGAUCCUCUUCGGCCAUACUUGAAUUACAUUGGUUGCCUUUAUCAGAAGAUGGGUCCACUCCCUGAGCAAGAACGUUUUGAGCUUAACUACAGGGACUUUCUGCAGUCGCCUUUGCAGCCUCUUAUGGAUAAUCUUGAGGCUCAAACCUAUGAAACAUUUGAGAAAGACACAGUGAAAUACAGUCAGUAUCAAAGGGCAGUGCACAAGGCUUUGCUUGAUAGGAUACCAGAUGAGAAAGCAUCAUCAGUAAUAACUGUACUGAUGGUUGUUGGAGCAGGGAGGGGACCUCUUGUGAGGGCUUCUUUACAGGCAGCUGAAGAAACAGGACGGAAGUUGAAAGUCUAUGCUGUGGAGAAAAACCCAAAUGCAGUUGUGACUCUCCAUAGCUUGAUAAAAAUAGAGGGAUGGGAGAAUUUGGUGACUGUUGUUUCUAGCGAUAUGAGAUGUUGGGAUGCGCCUGAGAAGGCUGAUAUAUUGGUGAGCGAAUUACUGGGUUCUUUUGGUGAUAAUGAGCUCUCCCCAGAGUGCCUUGAUGGAGCACAAAGAUUUCUAAAGCCUGAUGGCAUUUCAAUUCCAUCAUCGUAUACGAGUUUUAUCCAGCCAGUGACAGCAUCAAGGUUAUACAAUGAUGUGAGAUCACAUAAAGACAUGCAACAUUUUGAGACUGCUUAUGUGGUCAAAUUACAUCGUGUAGCAAGGCUUGCGCCCUCACAACCAGUCUUUACCUUUGUUCACCCCAAUAACUCAACUGAGAAAGGAAACCAACGGUAUAAGAAAAUGCUGUUUGAGAUACCAUCAGAUACGGGCUCAACUCUGGUGCAUGGAUUUGCUGGCUAUUUUGAUGCAACGCUUUACAAAGAUGUUCAUCUGGGCAUUGAACCAUCAACAGCGACCCCAAACAUGUUUAGCUGGUUUGCCAUUUUUUUCCCUCUGAGGAGUCCUAUAUAUUUGCCUUCGGGUUCACCUCUAGGAGUGCACUUCUGGCGGUGCUGUGGUGCUACCAAGGUUUGGUACGAAUGGUGCAUUACGGCCCCAACUCCAUCACCCAUCCACAACAGCAAUGGCAGGUCUUACUGGGUUGGCUUGUAGUUUAUCCAAUUUUGUAAAACUCAAUAGUUACGUAAAUUCUUUCCAAAUCUUGUUAAUGUAGAUCAUAAGUCAUGCUGGUUUGCUGUACAUUAGAGAGGUCUGAAACUCUUUAUGUUCCUCAUUGAAAAGGAAAAGGUUGACUUACUGGGUUGGCUUGUAGUUUAUCCAAUUUUGUAAAACUCAAUAGUUACCUUGAUUCUUUUCAAAUCUUGGUAAUGUAGAUCAUAAGUCAUGCUGGUUUGCUGUACAUUAGAGAGGUUUGAAACUCGUUAUGUUCCUCAUUGAAAAGGAAAAGGUUGACUUA